AUGGCCACGCUCAUCACCCCCGCUACCUACCGUACCUUAUUACAGAACCGCGUCUUGCUCCCUCGUAUUGUUCCCUCCUAUAUUAGCGCCAUUGAGAGACUAGCCGAGUCCGCUGCUGGUCAAUACCGUAGCGAGGGGACUGAAGACAAUUGUCAUUUCUGGUACAGCGCUAUUGCCUCUUUCCAACGUGAUGUCACCCGAAUGGCGUUCGAUGCCACCUCCUCCAAUGAUAUUGUGCGUCACGGAGAGAUUUCGCGCGUUGUGGACCGUUUCCCUGUGGACAUUCUUCCAGCGGAACCUCGUUAG